GCCGGCGAUGGCACCCUCCCAGUUGCAGGAGCUCAAGAAGGAGGCCAAGGCCACUCCGCCAUCAGAGAUCUUCGUGGAGGUGGAUAAGCAGAUCACCCUUGUAUGUACCUCCGUGCCAAGAUGGUGCAAGGCUCCGGUCAAUGGUGAGGGAAGGACUUACAUCCUUGACAACAAGAAAGCACCUGGCAUCAUCGGUGCGGAUGGUGCGCCGGGCCGCGAGAAGGGAAGGUCCAAGGCAGAGAGGAAGAAGUGUACAGCAGAGGAUGCUGCGCUGAUCCGCUGGGUGAAGUCCAGGGCCGCGAGCUCUGGGCAGAAGAUAGGUGGACCAUCGCCUGACCUCUCGGACUUGUGA